CUGCCCGGAGCGCGCCGAGCGGGCAGGUGGGACUCGAGCGGGCAGGGAGCAGACACAGUGGACCUUGGGUGAGUGAAUUCUGCACGACCUGCCGGACAUGAUGAACGGCCAUGCCUCUCCUCCUCCUGACGCCCUGGCUGCCACCAGCACUGCGCUGACCGGCCCCAAGACCAUGAAGGCCAUGGAGGGAACCAGCACCCCCUCCGGGCCCCGGCCCCAGGCAGCCCUGUCGGCCCAGUCCAGGAGCAUUGCCGGGGUGUACGUGGAGGCCUCCAGCCAGGCCCAGAGUCUCUAUGCCACCAUGAAGCAGGGCCUCCUGUCCGAGGAGCUCGGGUUGGCUCUGCUGGAGGCCCAGGCGGCCACUGGGGGCCUUGUGGACCCCACACAGGGCCAGAUACUCUCUGUGUCCGAGGCAGUGCAGCAGGGCCUGGUUGGCCUGGAGCUGAAGGGAAAGCUGCUGGCUGCUGAGCGUGCGGUCACUGGGUACCCCGACCCCUACGGCGGCGGGAGGCUGUCCCUCUUCCAGGCCAUCAGGAAGGAGGUGGUAGAUAGAGCACGGGGCUGGAGCUGGCUGGAGGCCCAGCUGGCCACUGGGGGCCUGGCCGAUCCCAUCCGGGGAGUGCGAGUGGCCCCAGAGCUGGCAUGCCAGCAGGGCCUCCUGGACCAGGAGACGUGGCACGUGCUGCUGGAGUGCAAGCCCGGCUCCGGCGCCCCUGGCUUCCAGGACCCUAACACACUGGAGUGGCUGUCCUACCGUGAGCUGCUGGGCAGGUGUGUGAGAGCCCCCGCUACAGGGCUGGCCCUGCUGCCCCUCAAGAUCACUUUUCACACCCUGAGUGGGGCAGUGAGCUUGGCAGAGCUGCUGGAGGUGGGGAUCCUCGAUGAAGAGACUGGCCAGGGCCUUCAGGAGGGCAAGCUGGCCGUGCCAGACGUGAGCUCACGGGCCGACGUGAAGCGCUACCUGCAGGGCACCGGCGGCGUGGCAGGGGUCGUCCAGCUGCCCGCCGGCCACAAGAAGAGCAUCUUCCAGGCCAUCACCGAGCACCUGCUCCCGAUGGGCACGGGGCUUCUGCUCCUAGAGGCUCAGGCCGCCACCUGCACGCUGGUGGACCCAGCCACCGGCCAGCAGCUAAGUGUGGAUGAGGCGGUCAGGUCAGGCCUGCUCGGCCCAGAGCUCCACAGGAAGCUCCUGGUGGCAGAGCAGGCGGUGACGGGGUACCAUGACCCCUUCAGCGGCACACAAGUCCCCCUCUUUCAGGCCAUGAAGAAGGAGCUGGUGGACAGGCCCCUGGCGUUGCGGCUCCUGGAUGUGCAGCUGGCCACAGGCGGGCUCGUGUGUCCAGCCCGCAGGCUCCGGCUGCCCCUGGAGGCCGCCCUGCGCCUCGGAUGCCUGGACGAAGAGACUCAGCAGUGUCUGUCCCAGGCUGCUGGCUUCUCGGAUCCCAGCAUACAGGAGAGCCUUGGCUACGGGCAGCUGCUGGCCCGCUGCAUCACCGACCCAGAGACGGGGCUGGCCUUCCUUCCUCUCUCCCACGGGCCCCCUGGAGACGAGCCACAAGGAUCCCCGUUCAUUGACCACAGCACCCGGCAGGCCUUAAGUGAGGCCACGGCCACUGUCUCCGUGGGCAAGUUCCAGGGCCGGCCCGUGUCACUCUGGGAGCUGCUCUUCUCUGGGCCCGUCCCCACGGAGCAGAGGGCAGCAUUGGCCCAGCAGUACAGGGACGGCGCCAUCUCGGUGGAGGAAAUGGCAGCAGUGCUGACGGCUGCCCUGGAGCAGGCUGCUGCCGUGGCCAGGACCACCUUUGCUGGGCUGAGAGUGCCCGUGACACCAGAUGAGCUGUUGAAAGCCGAGAUCAUUGAGCAGGAUGUGUACGAGCAGCUGAAGCAAGGGCAAACCACAGCCCAAGAGGUGGGCAGGCUGGCCUCGGUCCAGAGGUACCUGAGGGGCACUGGCUGCAUCGCCGGCGUGCUGGUGCCUGGCUCCCAGGAGCGGCUCAGUAUCUACGAGGCUCGUGAGAAGGGGCUUCUCAGGCCGGGCACGGCCCUCAUCCUCCUGGAGGCGCAGGCGGCCACGGGCUUCAUCCUUAACCCAAAGGAAAACAAGAGCUCUUCCGUGGAGGCGGCCCUGAGGGCUGGCCUCAUUGGGCCGGACGUGUUUGCAAAGCUGCUGUCGGCCGAGCGCGCCGUCACCGGCUACAAGGACCCCUACACCGGCGAGCAGAUCUCACUCUUCCAGGCCAUGCAGAAGGAGCUCAUCGUGCGCGACCACGGCAUCCGCCUGCUGGAGGCCCAGAUCGCCACGGGCGGCAUCAUCGACCCGGUGCACAGCCACCGGCUGCCCGUGGACGUGGCCUACCAGUGCGGCUACUUCGACGAGGAGAUGAACCACGUGCUGGCCGACCCGAGCGACGACACCAAGGGCUUCUUCGACCCCAACACGCACGAGAACCUCACGUACCUGCAGCUGCUGGAGCGCUGCGUGCUCGACCCCGACACGGGGCUCUACAUGCUGCCCCUUGGGAGCGUGCAGACCCAGCUUGUGGAUGGCGCCACCCGGCAGGCCUUCCAGAGCCUGCUGCUGUCGGUGAAGUACGGGCGGUUCCGGGGGCAGACGGUUUCUGCGUGGGAGCUGAUCAACUCCGAGUGCUUCAGUGAGGACCAGAGGAGGCGGGUCCUGCAGGACUACCGGCGGCACAGGGUCUCCCUGGAGCAGGUGGCGCAGCUGCUGGAGAGAGAGAUGGGGAGGGGGCUGGAUGUCAUGCUGCCCACGCUGCGGGGCCGCGUCCCUGCCCACCGGCUCCUGGAGGCCCGUAUCAUUGACCAGGAGCUCCUGGACCGGGUGCUGGAGGGGGCGGUGAGCCCCGAGGCUGUCCUCCACAUGGACCACGUCCAGAGGUACCUGCGUGGCUCCGGUGCUGUGGGUGGUGUGCUGCUGCGGCCCUCCGGCCAGCGGCUGAGCCUCUACGAGGCCAUGAAGCAGAAGCUGCUGGGGCCAGGUGUGGCCCUAGCCCUGCUGGAGGCUCAAGCAGCCACCGGAGGCAUCAGUGACCCCCAGGGUCUGGAGACCCUGUCGGUGGAUGAGGCUGUGCGUAGGAGACUGGUGGGGCCAGAGCUGUACAUCAGGCUGAAGCAGGCUGAGGACGCCAUCACUGGGGUCCACGACCCCUUCUCAGGGAAGUCAAUAUCCCUGUUCCAGGCCAUGAAGAAGGGCCUGGUCCCCCUAGAGCAGGCUGCCCGCCUCCUGGAUGCCCAGGUGGCCACGGGAGGGAUCAUUGACCCCACAGGCCACUACCACCUCCCCCUGCCUGUGGCCACCCAGCAUGGCUACAUCAACCAGGAGAUGGAGAUGGCCUUGUCCAGCUCCUCCAAGACCUUCCCCACGCCAGAUGGCCGGGGACACACCAGCUAUGCCCGGCUUCUGGAGCAGUGUCUGAGGGAUGAGGCUUCUGGCCUUUCCUUCCUGCCUCUGCCAGAAAAUGCUCCUGCUGUCCCCACUGACGAGCAGGUCCAGGAGACCCUGCAGGGGGCUGAGGACGGCAUGUCCCUCUGGGAGCUACUGGGCUCUUGCCACUUCACCGAUGAGCAGCGCAAGAGCUUCUUGGAGGACUUGCGGGUGGGGAAGACCACCGUGCAGCAGCUUCACGGAGUGGUGCAGAAGUGGGUGCAGGAGGCAGAGCUCCUGGCACGGGCUCGUGUCACGGUGCCCGGCCCAAGGGGUGAGGUUCCUGCCGUCUGGCUCCUGGAUGCGGGCAUCAUCACCCAGGAGACCCUGACGGCCCUUGCUCAGGGCACGCAGUCACCUGCCGAGGUCGCUGAGCAACCCGCCGUGAAGCGGCACCUGUGGGGUACGGGCUGUGUAGCUGGCGUGCUGUUGCGGCCGUCAGGGAUCAAGGUCAGCAUCAGCCAGGCCGUGAGGGACGGACUCUUGCCUGAGGGCCUGGGGCAAAGGCUGCUGGAGGCCCAAGUGGCAUCUGGCUCGCUCAUCGACCCACUGACCAACCAGAGACUGUCGGUGGAAGGUGCCGUCCAGGCCGGCCUGGUGGCCGGGGCACUGAGUGAGCAGCUCCGGCAAGCUGAGAAGGCCGUGGCCGGGUACACCGACCCCUACUCCGGAGGCUGCCUCGCCCUGUGGCAGGCCAUGGAGAAGGGGCUGGUGCCCCGAGGGGAGGGCCUCCGCCUCCUACAGGUGCAGUUGGCCACGGGGGGCGCGGUGGACCCUGGCCACGGGGUGCACCUGCCUGAGGCAGUGGCCUACAGGCUUGGUCUGCUGGACGAGCAGGUGAGCCAGGUGCUGACCUCAACAGACGAGGACAGCAAGUUCUUCUUUGACCCCGGCACAAAGGACAAGGUGACAUACAGCCAGCUCAAGGAGCGCUGUGUCCUGGAUGCUGACACCGGCCUAUGGCUGCUGCCGCUCGCCCAGGACACGGUGCUAGAGGUGGAUGAACAUACACUGCUGGCUCUGAGGGCCAUGAAGGUGCCCGUCAGCACCGGGAGGUUCAAGGGUCUCAGCGUGUCGCUGUGGGACCUGCUGCACUCCGAGUAUGUCGGCUCCAACAGGCGGCGAGAGCUGGUGGCCCUCUGUCAGUCCGGGAGGGCUACAGCCCUGCAGCAGGUGGCAACAGCAGUUACCGCCCUGGUUGUGGCUUCAGAGACACAGGCCACCUUCAGAGGACUCCGGAAGCUGGUGUCGGCCAGUGACUUGUUCAGGUCCCGGCUGAUUGACAAGGAGACACUGGACGAGCUGAAUCAGGGGAAAAAGACGGUGCAGGAGGUGAUGGAGAUGGGAAGCGUGAGGCGGUACCUGGAGGGAGGCAACUUCAUCGCUGGGGUCCUCGUCCAGGGCACAAAGGAGAAGAUGAGCAUCUCUGAGGCCCUGAGGAGGCACAUCCUGCGGCCCGGCACGGCCCUGGUGCUGCUCGAGGCGCAGGCGGCCACGGGCUUCCUCAUCGACCCCGUGCGCAACCAGAGGCUCACCGUGGAGGAGGCGUUCGCCACAGGGAUGUUUGGCCAGGAAACGUACUGGAAGCUGCUGUCGGCCGAGCGCGCCGUCACCGGCUACACCGACCCCUACACCGGCGAGCAGAUCUCGCUCUUCCAGGCCAUGCAGAAGGAGCUCAUCGUGCGCGACCACGGCAUCCGCCUGCUGGAGGCCCAGGUCGCCACGGGCGGCAUCAUCGACCCGGUGCACAGCCACCGGCUGCCCGUGGACGUGGCCUACCAGCGCGGCUACUUCGACGAGGAGAUGAACCGCGUGCUGGCCGACCCGAGCGACGACACCAAGGGCUUCUUCGACCCCAACACGCACGAGAACCUCACGUACCUGCAGCUGCUGGAGCGCUGCGUGCUUGACCCCGACACGGGGCUCUACAUGUUACAAAUUGUAAAGAAGGGAGAAGCCUACAUUUAUACUGAUGAAGCCACAAGGCAAGUUCUGCAGUCCCAAACCACGGAAAUGCACGUGGGGAGGUUUGCCCAUCAGAAGAUCUCCUUCUGGGACCUGCUGUCCUCUGAGUACUUCACCGAGGAGAGGAAACGAGAGCUCAUCCAGGAGGUCAGAGCCCAGAACGUUCCCCUGGAGCAGCUGUUGGAGAUCAUCACUGCUACCGUGGAAGAGACAGAGGAGCAGUACCGAGGCAUGAAGGUUGCAGCCAUUGGCGGAGAGGUGACAGCUGCAGAGUUGUUCAAUUCUGGAAUCACUGAUAAAAGGACCCUGGAUGCCCUGUCCAGGGAGAAGUCUGGGGCGCAGGAUCUCAGCCGCAUGGCGCACGUCAAGACCUAUCUGGAAGGCCGUGGCUGCAUCGCGGGGAUCACCGUACCCUUGACCCAGGAGGUGAUGAGCUUGUAUGACGCCAACAGGAAGGGACUCAUCCCCAUGGGGUUUGCAGUUCAGAUGCUGGAGGCCCAGGCAGCCACUGGCUUUGUGCUGGAUCCCUGUGGCCAGAGGAAGCUCUCUGUGCAAGAGGCCGUCGCUGAGGGCCUGGUGGGAGAGGAGUGGCAGGCACGGCUCCUAGAGGCAGAGAAGGCCGCCCGAGGCUACACGGACCCAGCCACAGGCCACACCCUCUCACUGUUCCAGGCCAUGCAGAGGAAGAUGGUCAGAAGAGAAGACGCACUGAGACUGCUUGAAAUGCAGGUGGCCACGGGGGGUGUCAUCGACCCACUGCACCACCACCGGCUCCCCCUGGGCGUGGCCUACAGACGCGGCUGCCUGCACCAGGACACAUACCCACUCGUUUCAGAUCAGAGGCACAUGAGAAAAAGGUUUGUGGAUCCAAACAAUCAGGAGAGGGUGACAUACCAACAGCUACAGGAAAGGAGCCAGAAGGAAGCAGAGACGGGCUGGGCUCUGUUCAUGGUAACUGGGGACACCCAGCGCUCCAACUAUGACGAUGAGGCCACGAGGAGGGCCCUGGAGGCAGAGCAGGUGCAGGUCCAGGUGGGAAGGUACAAGGACCAGACGCUCUCAGUGUGGGAGAUGCUGAACUCUGAAUACGUGACCCACAAGAGGAAACUGGAGCUGCUGAGAGAAUACAAAGACCAUGUGAACCAGGUCCUGGAAGAAGCACGAAAGGUCAUUUUACAAAUAAUGGAAGACCAAGAAAAAAGCAAGAAACAAAUAUGGUUCCCAGGAAUCCGAAAGCAAAUCACAGCUGUAGAGCUGUUCAAGGCAGCCAUUCUCAGCAAAGAGCUGCUGGACGACCUGGCCCAGGGCACCAAGACCCCGCAGGAGGUGACCGAGAUGGACUCGGUCAAGCGCUACCUGCGCGGCACGAGCUGCAUCGCGGGCGUGCUGGUGCCCGCCAAGGACGAGCCCGGGCGGCAGGAGAAGAUGAGCGUCUACCAGGCCAUGUGGAAGGGCGUCCUGCGGCCCGGCACGGCCCUGGUGCUGCUCGAGGCGCAGGCGGCCACGGGCUUCCUCAUCGACCCCGUGCGCAACCAGGGGCUCACCGUGGAGGAGGCGGUGGCCGCGGGCCUGGUGGGCGGCGAGAUCCAGGACAAGCUGCUGUCGGCCGAGCGCGCCGUCACCGGCUACACCGACCCCUACACCGGCGAGCAGAUCUCGCUCUUCCAGGCCAUGCAGAAGGAGCUCAUCGUGCGCGACCACGGCAUCCGCCUGCUGGAGGCCCAGGUCGCCACGGGCGGCAUCAUCGACCCGGUGCACAGCCACCGGCUGCCCGUGGACGUGGCCUACCAGCGCGGCUACUUCGACGAGGAGAUGAACCGCGUGCUGGCCGACCCGAGCGACGACACCAAGGGCUUCUUCGACCCCAACACGCACGAGAACCUCACGUACGUGCAGCUGCUGCGCCGCUGCGUGCUCGACCCCGACACGGGGCUCUACAUGCUGCAGCUGGCCGCGGGGGGCUCCGCCGUGCACCAGCUGAGCGAGGAGCUGCGCGGCGCCCUGCGUGACGCCCGCGUGGCGCCGGGCCCGGGCGUCGCCCAGGGCCAGAGCGUCUCGGUCUGGGAGCUCCUCUUCUACCGGGAGGUGCCCGAGGGCGAGCGGCAGGACCUGCUGCGCAGGUACCGGGCGGGCUCGCUGACCGCGCACGAGGUGGGCGCCGCCCUCACCGCGCUGCUGGCCCGUCGCGACCCCGCGAGCCCGGGCGCGCGCCCCCCGGACCCCCGAGGGGCCCUGCGUGCCGCCACCAUGGAGGUCAAGCUGGGCCGCCUGCGGGGGCCGGCGGUGCCCGUGUGGGACGUGCUGGCGUCCAGCUACGUGAGCGGCGCCACGCGGGAGCAGCUGCUGGCCGGGUUCGGCUCGGGGGCGCUGGGCUUGGCCGCGCUGACCCGCAGGCUGACCACCAUCAUCGAGGAGGUGGAGGCGGCCGGCGGGCCCGAGCGCGCCCCGGGCGACGCCGCCGGCGUCCAGCAGGAGCCGCGGCCGGCCGGGCCCGGCGGCAGCGACGGCGGCAGGGGCGCGGGACCCUCCCCCGGCGAGGCGGCCACCGAGCCCGCCGGCGGCCCCCAGGAGCAGGCCCUGCGUGCCGCCACCAUGGAGGUGCAGGCCGGGCCGUUGCGCGGGCAGCGGCCCUCCGUGUGGGACGUCCUCUUCUCCUCCUACCUGAGCCGGGCCCGGCGGGACGAGCUCCUGGCCCAGCACGCGGCCGGCGCCCUGGCGCUGCCGGGCCUGGUGGCCAUCCUCACCCGGGCGGUGGAGGAGGCGGAGGAGCGGCUGAGCAAGGUGACCUUCCGCGGCCUGCGGCGCCAGGUGUCGGCCUCCGAGCUGCGCUCGUCCGGGAUCCUGGGCCCCGAGACCCUGCGCGACCUGGCCCAGGGCACCAAGACCCCGCAGGAGGUGACCGAGAUGGACUCGGUCAAGCGCUACCUGCGCGGCACGAGCUGCAUCGCGGGCGUGCUGGUGCCCGCCAAGGACGAGCCCGGGCGGCAGGAGAAGAUGAGCGUCUACCAGGCCAUGUGGAAGGGCGUCCUGCGGCCCGGCACGGCCCUGGUGCUGCUCGAGGCGCAGGCGGCCACGGGCUUCCUCAUCGACCCCGUGCGCAACCAGGGGCUCACCGUGGAGGAGGCGGUGGCCGCGGGCCUGGUGGGCGGCGAGAUCCAGGACAAGCUGCUGUCGGCCGAGCGCGCCGUCACCGGCUACACCGACCCCUACACCGGCGAGCAGAUCUCGCUCUUCCAGGCCAUGCAGAAGGAGCUCAUCGUGCGCGACCACGGCAUCCGCCUGCUGGAGGCCCAGGUCGCCACGGGCGGCAUCAUCGACCCGGUGCACAGCCACCGGCUGCCCGUGGACGUGGCCUACCAGCGCGGCUACUUCGACGAGGAGAUGAACCGCGUGCUGGCCGACCCGAGCGACGACACCAAGGGCUUCUUCGACCCCAACACGCACGAGAACCUCACGUACGUGCAGCUGCUGCGCCGCUGCGUGCUCGACCCCGACACGGGGCUCUACAUGCUGCAGCUGGCCGCGGGGGGCUCCGCCGUGCACCAGCUGAGCGAGGAGCUGCGCGGCGCCCUGCGUGACGCCCGCGUGGCGCCGGGCCCGGGCGUCGCCCAGGGCCAGAGCGUCUCGGUCUGGGAGCUCCUCUUCUACCGGGAGGUGCCCGAGGGCGAGCGGCAGGACCUGCUGCGCAGGUACCGGGCGGGCUCGCUGACCGCGCACGAGGUGGGCGCCGCCCUCACCGCGCUGCUGGCCCGUCGCGACCCCGCGAGCCCGGGCGCGCGCCCCCCGGACCCCCGAGGGGCCCUGCGUGCCGCCACCAUGGAGGUCAAGCUGGGCCGCCUGCGGGGGCCGGCGGUGCCCGUGUGGGACGUGCUGGCGUCCAGCUACGUGAGCGGCGCCACGCGGGAGCAGCUGCUGGCCGGGUUCGGCUCGGGGGCGCUGGGCUUGGCCGCGCUGACCCGCAGGCUGACCACCAUCAUCGAGGAGGUGGAGGCGGCCGGCGGGCCCGAGCGCGCCCCGGGCGACGCCGCCGGCGUCCAGCAGGAGCCGCGGCCGGCCGGGCCCGGCGGCAGCGACGGCGGCAGGGGCGCGGGACCCUCCCCCGGCGAGGCGGCCACCGAGCCCGCCGGCGGCCCCCAGGAGCAGGCCCUGCGUGCCGCCACCAUGGAGGUGCAGGCCGGGCCGUUGCGCGGGCAGCGGCCCUCCGUGUGGGACGUCCUCUUCUCCUCCUACCUGAGCCGGGCCCGGCGGGACGAGCUCCUGGCCCAGCACGCGGCCGGCGCCCUGGCGCUGCCGGGCCUGGUGGCCAUCCUCACCCGGGCGGUGGAGGAGGCGGAGGAGCGGCUGAGCAAGGUGACCUUCCGCGGCCUGCGGCGCCAGGUGUCGGCCUCCGAGCUGCGCUCGUCCGGGAUCCUGGGCCCCGAGACCCUGCGCGACCUGGCCCAGGGCACCAAGACCCCGCAGGAGGUGACCGAGAUGGACUCGGUCAAGCGCUACCUGCGCGGCACGAGCUGCAUCGCGGGCGUGCUGGUGCCCGCCAAGGACGAGCCCGGGCGGCAGGAGAAGAUGAGCGUCUACCAGGCCAUGUGGAAGGGCGUCCUGCGGCCCGGCACGGCCCUGGUGCUGCUCGAGGCGCAGGCGGCCACGGGCUUCCUCAUCGACCCCGUGCGCAACCAGGGGCUCACCGUGGAGGAGGCGGUGGCCGCGGGCCUGGUGGGCGGCGAGAUCCAGGACAAGCUGCUGUCGGCCGAGCGCGCCGUCACCGGCUACACCGACCCCUACACCGGCGAGCAGAUCUCGCUCUUCCAGGCCAUGCAGAAGGAGCUCAUCGUGCGCGACCACGGCAUCCGCCUGCUGGAGGCCCAGGUCGCCACGGGCGGCAUCAUCGACCCGGUGCACAGCCACCGGCUGCCCGUGGACGUGGCCUACCAGCGCGGCUACUUCGACGAGGAGAUGAACCGCGUGCUGGCCGACCCGAGCGACGACACCAAGGGCUUCUUCGACCCCAACACGCACGAGAACCUCACGUACGUGCAGCUGCUGCGCCGCUGCGUGCUCGACCCCGACACGGGGCUCUACAUGCUGCAGCUGGCCGCGGGGGGCUCCGCCGUGCACCAGCUGAGCGAGGAGCUGCGCGGCGCCCUGCGUGACGCCCGCGUGGCGCCGGGCCCGGGCGUCGCCCAGGGCCAGAGCGUCUCGGUCUGGGAGCUCCUCUUCUACCGGGAGGUGCCCGAGGGCGAGCGGCAGGACCUGCUGCGCAGGUACCGGGCGGGCUCGCUGACCGCGCACGAGGUGGGCGCCGCCCUCACCGCGCUGCUGGCCCGUCGCGACCCCGCGAGCCCGGGCGCGCGCCCCCCGGACCCCCGAGGGGCCCUGCGUGCCGCCACCAUGGAGGUCAAGCUGGGCCGCCUGCGGGGGCCGGCGGUGCCCGUGUGGGACGUGCUGGCGUCCAGCUACGUGAGCGGCGCCACGCGGGAGCAGCUGCUGGCCGGGUUCGGCUCGGGGGCGCUGGGCUUGGCCGCGCUGACCCGCAGGCUGACCACCAUCAUCGAGGAGGUGGAGGCGGCCGGCGGGCCCGAGCGCGCCCCGGGCGACGCCGCCGGCGUCCAGCAGGAGCCGCGGCCGGCCGGGCCCGGCGGCAGCGACGGCGGCAGGGGCGCGGGACCCUCCCCCGGCGAGGCGGCCACCGAGCCCGCCGGCGGCCCCCAGGAGCAGGCCCUGCGUGCCGCCACCAUGGAGGUGCAGGCCGGGCCGUUGCGCGGGCAGCGGCCCUCCGUGUGGGACGUCCUCUUCUCCUCCUACCUGAGCCGGGCCCGGCGGGACGAGCUCCUGGCCCAGCACGCGGCCGGCGCCCUGGCGCUGCCGGGCCUGGUGGCCAUCCUCACCCGGGCGGUGGAGGAGGCGGAGGAGCGGCUGAGCAAGGUGACCUUCCGCGGCCUGCGGCGCCAGGUGUCGGCCUCCGAGCUGCGCUCGUCCGGGAUCCUGGGCCCCGAGACCCUGCGCGACCUGGCCCAGGGCACCAAGACCCCGCAGGAGGUGACCGAGAUGGACUCGGUCAAGCGCUACCUGCGCGGCACGAGCUGCAUCGCGGGCGUGCUGGUGCCCGCCAAGGACGAGCCCGGGCGGCAGGAGAAGAUGAGCGUCUACCAGGCCAUGUGGAAGGGCGUCCUGCGGCCCGGCACGGCCCUGGUGCUGCUCGAGGCGCAGGCGGCCACGGGCUUCCUCAUCGACCCCGUGCGCAACCAGGGGCUCACCGUGGAGGAGGCGGUGGCCGCGGGCCUGGUGGGCGGCGAGAUCCAGGACAAGCUGCUGUCGGCCGAGCGCGCCGUCACCGGCUACACCGACCCCUACACCGGCGAGCAGAUCUCGCUCUUCCAGGCCAUGCAGAAGGAGCUCAUCGUGCGCGACCACGGCAUCCGCCUGCUGGAGGCCCAGGUCGCCACGGGCGGCAUCAUCGACCCGGUGCACAGCCACCGGCUGCCCGUGGACGUGGCCUACCAGCGCGGCUACUUCGACGAGGAGAUGAACCGCGUGCUGGCCGACCCGAGCGACGACACCAAGGGCUUCUUCGACCCCAACACGCACGAGAACCUCACGUACGUGCAGCUGCUGCGCCGCUGCGUGCUCGACCCCGACACGGGGCUCUACAUGCUGCAGCUGGCCGCGGGGGGCUCCGCCGUGCACCAGCUGAGCGAGGAGCUGCGCGGCGCCCUGCGUGACGCCCGCGUGGCGCCGGGCCCGGGCGUCGCCCAGGGCCAGAGCGUCUCGGUCUGGGAGCUCCUCUUCUACCGGGAGGUGCCCGAGGGCGAGCGGCAGGACCUGCUGCGCAGGUACCGGGCGGGCUCGCUGACCGCGCACGAGGUGGGCGCCGCCCUCACCGCGCUGCUGGCCCGUCGCGACCCCGCGAGCCCGGGCGCGCGCCCCCCGGACCCCCGAGGGGCCCUGCGUGCCGCCACCAUGGAGGUCAAGCUGGGCCGCCUGCGGGGGCCGGCGGUGCCCGUGUGGGACGUGCUGGCGUCCAGCUACGUGAGCGGCGCCACGCGGGAGCAGCUGCUGGCCGGGUUCGGCUCGGGGGCGCUGGGCUUGGCCGCGCUGACCCGCAGGCUGACCACCAUCAUCGAGGAGGUGGAGGCGGCCGGCGGGCCCGAGCGCGCCCCGGGCGACGCCGCCGGCGUCCAGCAGGAGCCGCGGCCGGCCGGGCCCGGCGGCAGCGACGGCGGCAGGGGCGCGGGACCCUCCCCCGGCGAGGCGGCCACCGAGCCCGCCGGCGGCCCCCAGGAGCAGGCCCUGCGUGCCGCCACCAUGGAGGUGCAGGCCGGGCCGUUGCGCGGGCAGCGGCCCUCCGUGUGGGACGUCCUCUUCUCCUCCUACCUGAGCCGGGCCCGGCGGGACGAGCUCCUGGCCCAGCACGCGGCCGGCGCCCUGGCGCUGCCGGGCCUGGUGGCCAUCCUCACCCGGGCGGUGGAGGAGGCGGAGGAGCGGCUGAGCAAGGUGACCUUCCGCGGCCUGCGGCGCCAGGUGUCGGCCUCCGAGCUGCGCUCGUCCGGGAUCCUGGGCCCCGAGACCCUGCGCGACCUGGCCCAGGGCACCAAGACCCCGCAGGAGGUGACCGAGAUGGACUCGGUCAAGCGCUACCUGCGCGGCACGAGCUGCAUCGCGGGCGUGCUGGUGCCCGCCAAGGACGAGCCCGGGCGGCAGGAGAAGAUGAGCGUCUACCAGGCCAUGUGGAAGGGCGUCCUGCGGCCCGGCACGGCCCUGGUGCUGCUCGAGGCGCAGGCGGCCACGGGCUUCCUCAUCGACCCCGUGCGCAACCAGGGGCUCACCGUGGAGGAGGCGGUGGCCGCGGGCCUGGUGGGCGGCGAGAUCCAGGACAAGCUGCUGUCGGCCGAGCGCGCCGUCACCGGCUACACCGACCCCUACACCGGCGAGCAGAUCUCGCUCUUCCAGGCCAUGCAGAAGGAGCUCAUCGUGCGCGACCACGGCAUCCGCCUGCUGGAGGCCCAGGUCGCCACGGGCGGCAUCAUCGACCCGGUGCACAGCCACCGGCUGCCCGUGGACGUGGCCUACCAGCGCGGCUACUUCGACGAGGAGAUGAACCGCGUGCUGGCCGACCCGAGCGACGACACCAAGGGCUUCUUCGACCCCAACACGCACGAGAACCUCACGUACGUGCAGCUGCUGCGCCGCUGCGUGCUCGACCCCGACACGGGGCUCUACAUGCUGCAGCUGGCCGCGGGGGGCUCCGCCGUGCACCAGCUGAGCGAGGAGCUGCGCGGCGCCCUGCGUGACGCCCGCGUGGCGCCGGGCCCGGGCGUCGCCCAGGGCCAGAGCGUCUCGGUCUGGGAGCUCCUCUUCUACCGGGAGGUGCCCGAGGGCGAGCGGCAGGACCUGCUGCGCAGGUACCGGGCGGGCUCGCUGACCGCGCACGAGGUGGGCGCCGCCCUCACCGCGCUGCUGGCCCGUCGCGACCCCGCGAGCCCGGGCGCGCGCCCCCCGGACCCCCGAGGGGCCCUGCGUGCCGCCACCAUGGAGGUCAAGCUGGGCCGCCUGCGGGGGCCGGCGGUGCCCGUGUGGGACGUGCUGGCGUCCAGCUACGUGAGCGGCGCCACGCGGGAGCAGCUGCUGGCCGGGUUCGGCUCGGGGGCGCUGGGCUUGGCCGCGCUGACCCGCAGGCUGACCACCAUCAUCGAGGAGGUGGAGGCGGCCGGCGGGCCCGAGCGCGCCCCGGGCGACGCCGCCGGCGUCCAGCAGGAGCCGCGGCCGGCCGGGCCCGGCGGCAGCGACGGCGGCAGGGGCGCGGGACCCUCCCCCGGCGAGGCGGCCACCGAGCCCGCCGGCGGCCCCCAGGAGCAGGCCCUGCGUGCCGCCACCAUGGAGGUGCAGGCCGGGCCGUUGCGCGGGCAGCGGCCCUCCGUGUGGGACGUCCUCUUCUCCUCCUACCUGAGCCGGGCCCGGCGGGACGAGCUCCUGGCCCAGCACGCGGCCGGCGCCCUGGCGCUGCCGGGCCUGGUGGCCAUCCUCACCCGGGCGGUGGAGGAGGCGGAGGAGCGGCUGAGCAAGGUGACCUUCCGCGGCCUGCGGCGCCAGGUGUCGGCCUCCGAGCUGCGCUCGUCCGGGAUCCUGGGCCCCGAGACCCUGCGCGACCUGGCCCAGGGCACCAAGACCCCGCAGGAGGUGACCGAGAUGGACUCGGUCAAGCGCUACCUGCGCGGCACGAGCUGCAUCGCGGGCGUGCUGGUGCCCGCCAAGGACGAGCCCGGGCGGCAGGAGAAGAUGAGCGUCUACCAGGCCAUGUGGAAGGGCGUCCUGCGGCCCGGCACGGCCCUGGUGCUGCUCGAGGCGCAGGCGGCCACGGGCUUCCUCAUCGACCCCGUGCGCAACCAGGGGCUCACCGUGGAGGAGGCGGUGGCCGCGGGCCUGGUGGGCGGCGAGAUCCAGGACAAGCUGCUGUCGGCCGAGCGCGCCGUCACCGGCUACACCGACCCCUACACCGGCGAGCAGAUCUCGCUCUUCCAGGCCAUGCAGAAGGAGCUCAUCGUGCGCGACCACGGCAUCCGCCUGCUGGAGGCCCAGGUCGCCACGGGCGGCAUCAUCGACCCGGUGCACAGCCACCGGCUGCCCGUGGACGUGGCCUACCAGCGCGGCUACUUCGACGAGGAGAUGAACCGCGUGCUGGCCGACCCGAGCGACGACACCAAGGGCUUCUUCGACCCCAACACGCACGAGAACCUCACGUACGUGCAGCUGCUGCGCCGCUGCGUGCUCGACCCCGACACGGGGCUCUACAUGCUGCAGCUGGCCGCGGGGGGCUCCGCCGUGCACCAGCUGAGCGAGGAGCUGCGCGGCGCCCUGCGUGACGCCCGCGUGGCGCCGGGCCCGGGCGUCGCCCAGGGCCAGAGCGUCUCGGUCUGGGAGCUCCUCUUCUACCGGGAGGUGCCCGAGGGCGAGCGGCAGGACCUGCUGCGCAGGUACCGGGCGGGCUCGCUGACCGCGCACGAGGUGGGCGCCGCCCUCACCGCGCUGCUGGCCCGUCGCGACCCCGCGAGCCCGGGCGCGCGCCCCCCGGACCCCCGAGGGGCCCUGCGUGCCGCCACCAUGGAGGUCAAGCUGGGCCGCCUGCGGGGGCCGGCGGUGCCCGUGUGGGACGUGCUGGCGUCCAGCUACGUGAGCGGCGCCACGCGGGAGCAGCUGCUGGCCGGGUUCGGCUCGGGGGCGCUGGGCUUGGCCGCGCUGACCCGCAGGCUGACCACCAUCAUCGAGGAGGUGGAGGCGGCCGGCGGGCCCGAGCGCGCCCCGGGCGACGCCGCCGGCGUCCAGCAGGAGCCGCGGCCGGCCGGGCCCGGCGGCAGCGACGGCGGCAGGGGCGCGGGACCCUCCCCCGGCGAGGCGGCCACCGAGCCCGCCGGCGGCCCCCAGGAGCAGGCCCUGCGUGCCGCCACCAUGGAGGUGCAGGCCGGGCCGUUGCGCGGGCAGCGGCCCUCCGUGUGGGACGUCCUCUUCUCCUCCUACCUGAGCCGGGCCCGGCGGGACGAGCUCCUGGCCCAGCACGCGGCCGGCGCCCUGGCGCUGCCGGGCCUGGUGGCCAUCCUCACCCGGGCGGUGGAGGAGGCGGAGGAGCGGCUGAGCAAGGUGACCUUCCGCGGCCUGCGGCGCCAGGUGUCGGCCUCCGAGCUGCGCUCGUCCGGGAUCCUGGGCCCCGAGACCCUGCGCGACCUGGCCCAGGGCACCAAGACCCCGCAGGAGGUGACCGAGAUGGACUCGGUCAAGCGCUACCUGCGCGGCACGAGCUGCAUCGCGGGCGUGCUGGUGCCCGCCAAGGACGAGCCCGGGCGGCAGGAGAAGAUGAGCGUCUACCAGGCCAUGUGGAAGGGCGUCCUGCGGCCCGGCACGGCCCUGGUGCUGCUCGAGGCGCAGGCGGCCACGGGCUUCCUCAUCGACCCCGUGCGCAACCAGGGGCUCACCGUGGAGGAGGCGGUGGCCGCGGGCCUGGUGGGCGGCGAGAUCCAGGACAAGCUGCUGUCGGCCGAGCGCGCCGUCACCGGCUACACCGACCCCUACACCGGCGAGCAGAUCUCGCUCUUCCAGGCCAUGCAGAAGGAGCUCAUCGUGCGCGACCACGGCAUCCGCCUGCUGGAGGCCCAGGUCGCCACGGGCGGCAUCAUCGACCCGGUGCACAGCCACCGGCUGCCCGUGGACGUGGCCUACCAGCGCGGCUACUUCGACGAGGAGAUGAACCGCGUGCUGGCCGACCCGAGCGACGACACCAAGGGCUUCUUCGACCCCAACACGCACGAGAACCUCACGUACGUGCAGCUGCUGCGCCGCUGCGUGCUCGACCCCGACACGGGGCUCUACAUGCUGCAGCUGGCCGCGGGGGGCUCCGCCGUGCACCAGCUGAGCGAGGAGCUGCGCGGCGCCCUGCGUGACGCCCGCGUGGCGCCGGGCCCGGGCGUCGCCCAGGGCCAGAGCGUCUCGGUCUGGGAGCUCCUCUUCUACCGGGAGGUGCCCGAGGGCGAGCGGCAGGACCUGCUGCGCAGGUACCGGGCGGGCUCGCUGACCGCGCACGAGGUGGGCGCCGCCCUCACCGCGCUGCUGGCCCGUCGCGACCCCGCGAGCCCGGGCGCGCGCCCCCCGGACCCCCGAGGGGCCCUGCGUGCCGCCACCAUGGAGGUCAAGCUGGGCCGCCUGCGGGGGCCGGCGGUGCCCGUGUGGGACGUGCUGGCGUCCAGCUACGUGAGCGGCGCCACGCGGGAGCAGCUGCUGGCCGGGUUCGGCUCGGGGGCGCUGGGCUUGGCCGCGCUGACCCGCAGGCUGACCACCAUCAUCGAGGAGGUGGAGGCGGCCGGCGGGCCCGAGCGCGCCCCGGGCGACGCCGCCGGCGUCCAGCAGGAGCCGCGGCCGGCCGGGCCCGGCGGCAGCGACGGCGGCAGGGGCGCGGGACCCUCCCCCGGCGAGGCGGCCACCGAGCCCGCCGGCGGCCCCCAGGAGCAGGCCCUGCGUGCCGCCACCAUGGAGGUGCAGGCCGGGCCGUUGCGCGGGCAGCGGCCCUCCGUGUGGGACGUCCUCUUCUCCUCCUACCUGAGCCGGGCCCGGCGGGACGAGCUCCUGGCCCAGCACGCGGCCGGCGCCCUGGCGCUGCCGGGCCUGGUGGCCAUCCUCACCCGGGCGGUGGAGGAGGCGGAGGAGCGGCUGAGCAAGGUGACCUUCCGCGGCCUGCGGCGCCAGGUGUCGGCCUCCGAGCUGCGCUCGUCCGGGAUCCUGGGCCCCGAGACCCUGCGCGACCUGGCCCAGGGCACCAAGACCCCGCAGGAGGUGACCGAGAUGGACUCGGUCAAGCGCUACCUGCGCGGCACGAGCUGCAUCGCGGGCGUGCUGGUGCCCGCCAAGGACGAGCCCGGGCGGCAGGAGAAGAUGAGCGUCUACCAGGCCAUGUGGAAGGGCGUCCUGCGGCCCGGCACGGCCCUGGUGCUGCUCGAGGCGCAGGCGGCCACGGGCUUCCUCAUCGACCCCGUGCGCAACCAGGGGCUCACCGUGGAGGAGGCGGUGGCCGCGGGCCUGGUGGGCGGCGAGAUCCAGGACAAGCUGCUGUCGGCCGAGCGCGCCGUCACCGGCUACACCGACCCCUACACCGGCGAGCAGAUCUCGCUCUUCCAGGCCAUGCAGAAGGAGCUCAUCGUGCGCGACCACGGCAUCCGCCUGCUGGAGGCCCAGGUCGCCACGGGCGGCAUCAUCGACCCGGUGCACAGCCACCGGCUGCCCGUGGACGUGGCCUACCAGCGCGGCUACUUCGACGAGGAGAUGAACCGCGUGCUGGCCGACCCGAGCGACGACACCAAGGGCUUCUUCGACCCCAACACGCACGAGAACCUCACGUACGUGCAGCUGCUGCGCCGCUGCGUGCUCGACCCCGACACGGGGCUCUACAUGCUGCAGCUGGCCGCGGGGGGCUCCGCCGUGCACCAGCUGAGCGAGGAGCUGCGCGGCGCCCUGCGUGACGCCCGCGUGGCGCCGGGCCCGGGCGUCGCCCAGGGCCAGAGCGUCUCGGUCUGGGAGCUCCUCUUCUACCGGGAGGUGCCCGAGGGCGAGCGGCAGGACCUGCUGCGCAGGUACCGGGCGGGCUCGCUGACCGCGCACGAGGUGGGCGCCGCCCUCACCGCGCUGCUGGCCCGUCGCGACCCCGCGAGCCCGGGCGCGCGCCCCCCGGACCCCCGAGGGGCCCUGCGUGCCGCCACCAUGGAGGUCAAGCUGGGCCGCCUGCGGGGGCCGGCGGUGCCCGUGUGGGACGUGCUGGCGUCCAGCUACGUGAGCGGCGCCACGCGGGAGCAGCUGCUGGCCGGGUUCGGCUCGGGGGCGCUGGGCUUGGCCGCGCUGACCCGCAGGCUGACCACCAUCAUCGAGGAGGUGGAGGCGGCCGGCGGGCCCGAGCGCGCCCCGGGCGACGCCGCCGGCGUCCAGCAGGAGCCGCGGCCGGCCGGGCCCGGCGGCAGCGACGGCGGCAGGGGCGCGGGACCCUCCCCCGGCGAGGCGGCCACCGAGCCCGCCGGCGGCCCCCAGGAGCAGGCCCUGCGUGCCGCCACCAUGGAGGUGCAGGCCGGGCCGUUGCGCGGGCAGCGGCCCUCCGUGUGGGACGUCCUCUUCUCCUCCUACCUGAGCCGGGCCCGGCGGGACGAGCUCCUGGCCCAGCACGCGGCCGGCGCCCUGGCGCUGCCGGGCCUGGUGGCCAUCCUCACCCGGGCGGUGGAGGAGGCGGAGGAGCGGCUGAGCAAGGUGACCUUCCGCGGCCUGCGGCGCCAGGUGUCGGCCUCCGAGCUGCGCUCGUCCGGGAUCCUGGGCCCCGAGACCCUGCGCGACCUGGCCCAGGGCACCAAGACCCCGCAGGAGGUGACCGAGAUGGACUCGGUCAAGCGCUACCUGCGCGGCACGAGCUGCAUCGCGGGCGUGCUGGUGCCCGCCAAGGACGAGCCCGGGCGGCAGGAGAAGAUGAGCGUCUACCAGGCCAUGUGGAAGGGCGUCCUGCGGCCCGGCACGGCCCUGGUGCUGCUCGAGGCGCAGGCGGCCACGGGCUUCCUCAUCGACCCCGUGCGCAACCAGGGGCUCACCGUGGAGGAGGCGGUGGCCGCGGGCCUGGUGGGCGGCGAGAUCCAGGACAAGCUGCUGUCGGCCGAGCGCGCCGUCACCGGCUACACCGACCCCUACACCGGCGAGCAGAUCUCGCUCUUCCAGGCCAUGCAGAAGGAGCUCAUCGUGCGCGACCACGGCAUCCGCCUGCUGGAGGCCCAGGUCGCCACGGGCGGCAUCAUCGACCCGGUGCACAGCCACCGGCUGCCCGUGGACGUGGCCUACCAGCGCGGCUACUUCGACGAGGAGAUGAACCGCGUGCUGGCCGACCCGAGCGACGACACCAAGGGCUUCUUCGACCCCAACACGCACGAGAACCUCACGUACGUGCAGCUGCUGCGCCGCUGCGUGCUCGACCCCGACACGGGGCUCUACAUGCUGCAGCUGGCCGCGGGGGGCUCCGCCGUGCACCAGCUGAGCGAGGAGCUGCGCGGCGCCCUGCGUGACGCCCGCGUGGCGCCGGGCCCGGGCGUCGCCCAGGGCCAGAGCGUCUCGGUCUGGGAGCUCCUCUUCUACCGGGAGGUGCCCGAGGGCGAGCGGCAGGACCUGCUGCGCAGGUACCGGGCGGGCUCGCUGACCGCGCACGAGGUGGGCGCCGCCCUCACCGCGCUGCUGGCCCGUCGCGACCCCGCGAGCCCGGGCGCGCGCCCCCCGGACCCCCGAGGGGCCCUGCGUGCCGCCACCAUGGAGGUCAAGCUGGGCCGCCUGCGGGGGCCGGCGGUGCCCGUGUGGGACGUGCUGGCGUCCAGCUACGUGAGCGGCGCCACGCGGGAGCAGCUGCUGGCCGGGUUCGGCUCGGGGGCGCUGGGCUUGGCCGCGCUGACCCGCAGGCUGACCACCAUCAUCGAGGAGGUGGAGGCGGCCGGCGGGCCCGAGCGCGCCCCGGGCGACGCCGCCGGCGUCCAGCAGGAGCCGCGGCCGGCCGGGCCCGGCGGCAGCGACGGCGGCAGGGGCGCGGGACCCUCCCCCGGCGAGGCGGCCACCGAGCCCGCCGGCGGCCCCCAGGAGCAGGCCCUGCGUGCCGCCACCAUGGAGGUGCAGGCCGGGCCGUUGCGCGGGCAGCGGCCCUCCGUGUGGGACGUCCUCUUCUCCUCCUACCUGAGCCGGGCCCGGCGGGACGAGCUCCUGGCCCAGCACGCGGCCGGCGCCCUGGCGCUGCCGGGCCUGGUGGCCAUCCUCACCCGGGCGGUGGAGGAGGCGGAGGAGCGGCUGAGCAAGGUGACCUUCCGCGGCCUGCGGCGCCAGGUGUCGGCCUCCGAGCUGCGCUCGUCCGGGAUCCUGGGCCCCGAGACCCUGCGCGACCUGGCCCAGGGCACCAAGACCCCGCAGGAGGUGACCGAGAUGGACUCGGUCAAGCGCUACCUGCGCGGCACGAGCUGCAUCGCGGGCGUGCUGGUGCCCGCCAAGGACGAGCCCGGGCGGCAGGAGAAGAUGAGCGUCUACCAGGCCAUGUGGAAGGGCGUCCUGCGGCCCGGCACGGCCCUGGUGCUGCUCGAGGCGCAGGCGGCCACGGGCUUCCUCAUCGACCCCGUGCGCAACCAGGGGCUCACCGUGGAGGAGGCGGUGGCCGCGGGCCUGGUGGGCGGCGAGAUCCAGGACAAGCUGCUGUCGGCCGAGCGCGCCGUCACCGGCUACACCGACCCCUACACCGGCGAGCAGAUCUCGCUCUUCCAGGCCAUGCAGAAGGAGCUCAUCGUGCGCGACCACGGCAUCCGCCUGCUGGAGGCCCAGGUCGCCACGGGCGGCAUCAUCGACCCGGUGCACAGCCACCGGCUGCCCGUGGACGUGGCCUACCAGCGCGGCUACUUCGACGAGGAGAUGAACCGCGUGCUGGCCGACCCGAGCGACGACACCAAGGGCUUCUUCGACCCCAACACGCACGAGAACCUCACGUACGUGCAGCUGCUGCGCCGCUGCGUGCUCGACCCCGACACGGGGCUCUACAUGCUGCAGCUGGCCGCGGGGGGCUCCGCCGUGCACCAGCUGAGCGAGGAGCUGCGCGGCGCCCUGCGUGACGCCCGCGUGGCGCCGGGCCCGGGCGUCGCCCAGGGCCAGAGCGUCUCGGUCUGGGAGCUCCUCUUCUACCGGGAGGUGCCCGAGGGCGAGCGGCAGGACCUGCUGCGCAGGUACCGGGCGGGCUCGCUGACCGCGCACGAGGUGGGCGCCGCCCUCACCGCGCUGCUGGCCCGUCGCGACCCCGCGAGCCCGGGCGCGCGCCCCCCGGACCCCCGAGGGGCCCUGCGUGCCGCCACCAUGGAGGUCAAGCUGGGCCGCCUGCGGGGGCCGGCGGUGCCCGUGUGGGACGUGCUGGCGUCCAGCUACGUGAGCGGCGCCACGCGGGAGCAGCUGCUGGCCGGGUUCGGCUCGGGGGCGCUGGGCUUGGCCGCGCUGACCCGCAGGCUGACCACCAUCAUCGAGGAGGUGGAGGCGGCCGGCGGGCCCGAGCGCGCCCCGGGCGACGCCGCCGGCGUCCAGCAGGAGCCGCGGCCGGCCGGGCCCGGCGGCAGCGACGGCGGCAGGGGCGCGGGACCCUCCCCCGGCGAGGCGGCCACCGAGCCCGCCGGCGGCCCCCAGGAGCAGGCCCUGCGUGCCGCCACCAUGGAGGUGCAGGCCGGGCCGUUGCGCGGGCAGCGGCCCUCCGUGUGGGACGUCCUCUUCUCCUCCUACCUGAGCCGGGCCCGGCGGGACGAGCUCCUGGCCCAGCACGCGGCCGGCGCCCUGGCGCUGCCGGGCCUGGUGGCCAUCCUCACCCGGGCGGUGGAGGAGGCGGAGGAGCGGCUGAGCAAGGUGACCUUCCGCGGCCUGCGGCGCCAGGUGUCGGCCUCCGAGCUGCGCUCGUCCGGGAUCCUGGGCCCCGAGACCCUGCGCGACCUGGCCCAGGGCACCAAGACCCCGCAGGAGGUGACCGAGAUGGACUCGGUCAAGCGCUACCUGCGCGGCACGAGCUGCAUCGCGGGCGUGCUGGUGCCCGCCAAGGACGAGCCCGGGCGGCAGGAGAAGAUGAGCGUCUACCAGGCCAUGUGGAAGGGCGUCCUGCGGCCCGGCACGGCCCUGGUGCUGCUCGAGGCGCAGGCGGCCACGGGCUUCCUCAUCGACCCCGUGCGCAACCAGGGGCUCACCGUGGAGGAGGCGGUGGCCGCGGGCCUGGUGGGCGGCGAGAUCCAGGACAAGCUGCUGUCGGCCGAGCGCGCCGUCACCGGCUACACCGACCCCUACACCGGCGAGCAGAUCUCGCUCUUCCAGGCCAUGCAGAAGGAGCUCAUCGUGCGCGACCACGGCAUCCGCCUGCUGGAGGCCCAGGUCGCCACGGGCGGCAUCAUCGACCCGGUGCACAGCCACCGGCUGCCCGUGGACGUGGCCUACCAGCGCGGCUACUUCGACGAGGAGAUGAACCGCGUGCUGGCCGACCCGAGCGACGACACCAAGGGCUUCUUCGACCCCAACACGCACGAGAACCUCACGUACGUGCAGCUGCUGCGCCGCUGCGUGCUCGACCCCGACACGGGGCUCUACAUGCUGCAGCUGGCCGCGGGGGGCUCCGCCGUGCACCAGCUGAGCGAGGAGCUGCGCGGCGCCCUGCGUGACGCCCGCGUGGCGCCGGGCCCGGGCGUCGCCCAGGGCCAGAGCGUCUCGGUCUGGGAGCUCCUCUUCUACCGGGAGGUGCCCGAGGGCGAGCGGCAGGACCUGCUGCGCAGGUACCGGGCGGGCUCGCUGACCGCGCACGAGGUGGGCGCCGCCCUCACCGCGCUGCUGGCCCGUCGCGACCCCGCGAGCCCGGGCGCGCGCCCCCCGGACCCCCGAGGGGCCCUGCGUGCCGCCACCAUGGAGGUCAAGCUGGGCCGCCUGCGGGGGCCGGCGGUGCCCGUGUGGGACGUGCUGGCGUCCAGCUACGUGAGCGGCGCCACGCGGGAGCAGCUGCUGGCCGGGUUCGGCUCGGGGGCGCUGGGCUUGGCCGCGCUGACCCGCAGGCUGACCACCAUCAUCGAGGAGGUGGAGGCGGCCGGCGGGCCCGAGCGCGCCCCGGGCGACGCCGCCGGCGUCCAGCAGGAGCCGCGGCCGGCCGGGCCCGGCGGCAGCGACGGCGGCAGGGGCGCGGGACCCUCCCCCGGCGAGGCGGCCACCGAGCCCGCCGGCGGCCCCCAGGAGCAGGCCCUGCGUGCCGCCACCAUGGAGGUGCAGGCCGGGCCGUUGCGCGGGCAGCGGCCCUCCGUGUGGGACGUCCUCUUCUCCUCCUACCUGAGCCGGGCCCGGCGGGACGAGCUCCUGGCCCAGCACGCGGCCGGCGCCCUGGCGCUGCCGGGCCUGGUGGCCAUCCUCACCCGGGCGGUGGAGGAGGCGGAGGAGCGGCUGAGCAAGGUGACCUUCCGCGGCCUGCGGCGCCAGGUGUCGGCCUCCGAGCUGCGCUCGUCCGGGAUCCUGGGCCCCGAGACCCUGCGCGACCUGGCCCAGGGCACCAAGACCCCGCAGGAGGUGACCGAGAUGGACUCGGUCAAGCGCUACCUGCGCGGCACGAGCUGCAUCGCGGGCGUGCUGGUGCCCGCCAAGGACGAGCCCGGGCGGCAGGAGAAGAUGAGCGUCUACCAGGCCAUGUGGAAGGGCGUCCUGCGGCCCGGCACGGCCCUGGUGCUGCUCGAGGCGCAGGCGGCCACGGGCUUCCUCAUCGACCCCGUGCGCAACCAGGGGCUCACCGUGGAGGAGGCGGUGGCCGCGGGCCUGGUGGGCGGCGAGAUCCAGGACAAGCUGCUGUCGGCCGAGCGCGCCGUCACCGGCUACACCGACCCCUACACCGGCGAGCAGAUCUCGCUCUUCCAGGCCAUGCAGAAGGAGCUCAUCGUGCGCGACCACGGCAUCCGCCUGCUGGAGGCCCAGGUCGCCACGGGCGGCAUCAUCGACCCGGUGCACAGCCACCGGCUGCCCGUGGACGUGGCCUACCAGCGCGGCUACUUCGACGAGGAGAUGAACCGCGUGCUGGCCGACCCGAGCGACGACACCAAGGGCUUCUUCGACCCCAACACGCACGAGAACCUCACGUACGUGCAGCUGCUGCGCCGCUGCGUGCUCGACCCCGACACGGGGCUCUACAUGCUGCAGCUGGCCGCGGGGGGCUCCGCCGUGCACCAGCUGAGCGAGGAGCUGCGCGGCGCCCUGCGUGACGCCCGCGUGGCGCCGGGCCCGGGCGUCGCCCAGGGCCAGAGCGUCUCGGUCUGGGAGCUCCUCUUCUACCGGGAGGUGCCCGAGGGCGAGCGGCAGGACCUGCUGCGCAGGUACCGGGCGGGCUCGCUGACCGCGCACGAGGUGGGCGCCGCCCUCACCGCGCUGCUGGCCCGUCGCGACCCCGCGAGCCCGGGCGCGCGCCCCCCGGACCCCCGAGGGGCCCUGCGUGCCGCCACCAUGGAGGUCAAGCUGGGCCGCCUGCGGGGGCCGGCGGUGCCCGUGUGGGACGUGCUGGCGUCCAGCUACGUGAGCGGCGCCACGCGGGAGCAGCUGCUGGCCGGGUUCGGCUCGGGGGCGCUGGGCUUGGCCGCGCUGACCCGCAGGCUGACCACCAUCAUCGAGGAGGUGGAGGCGGCCGGCGGGCCCGAGCGCGCCCCGGGCGACGCCGCCGGCGUCCAGCAGGAGCCGCGGCCGGCCGGGCCCGGCGGCAGCGACGGCGGCAGGGGCGCGGGACCCUCCCCCGGCGAGGCGGCCACCGAGCCCGCCGGCGGCCCCCAGGAGCAGGCCCUGCGUGCCGCCACCAUGGAGGUGCAGGCCGGGCCGUUGCGCGGGCAGCGGCCCUCCGUGUGGGACGUCCUCUUCUCCUCCUACCUGAGCCGGGCCCGGCGGGACGAGCUCCUGGCCCAGCACGCGGCCGGCGCCCUGGCGCUGCCGGGCCUGGUGGCCAUCCUCACCCGGGCGGUGGAGGAGGCGGAGGAGCGGCUGAGCAAGGUGACCUUCCGCGGCCUGCGGCGCCAGGUGUCGGCCUCCGAGCUGCGCUCGUCCGGGAUCCUGGGCCCCGAGACCCUGCGCGACCUGGCCCAGGGCACCAAGACCCCGCAGGAGGUGACCGAGAUGGACUCGGUCAAGCGCUACCUGCGCGGCACGAGCUGCAUCGCGGGCGUGCUGGUGCCCGCCAAGGACGAGCCCGGGCGGCAGGAGAAGAUGAGCGUCUACCAGGCCAUGUGGAAGGGCGUCCUGCGGCCCGGCACGGCCCUGGUGCUGCUCGAGGCGCAGGCGGCCACGGGCUUCCUCAUCGACCCCGUGCGCAACCAGGGGCUCACCGUGGAGGAGGCGGUGGCCGCGGGCCUGGUGGGCGGCGAGAUCCAGGACAAGCUGCUGUCGGCCGAGCGCGCCGUCACCGGCUACACCGACCCCUACACCGGCGAGCAGAUCUCGCUCUUCCAGGCCAUGCAGAAGGAGCUCAUCGUGCGCGACCACGGCAUCCGCCUGCUGGAGGCCCAGGUCGCCACGGGCGGCAUCAUCGACCCGGUGCACAGCCACCGGCUGCCCGUGGACGUGGCCUACCAGCGCGGCUACUUCGACGAGGAGAUGAACCGCGUGCUGGCCGACCCGAGCGACGACACCAAGGGCUUCUUCGACCCCAACACGCACGAGAACCUCACGUACGUGCAGCUGCUGCGCCGCUGCGUGCUCGACCCCGACACGGGGCUCUACAUGCUGCAGCUGGCCGCGGGGGGCUCCGCCGUGCACCAGCUGAGCGAGGAGCUGCGCGGCGCCCUGCGUGACGCCCGCGUGGCGCCGGGCCCGGGCGUCGCCCAGGGCCAGAGCGUCUCGGUCUGGGAGCUCCUCUUCUACCGGGAGGUGCCCGAGGGCGAGCGGCAGGACCUGCUGCGCAGGUACCGGGCGGGCUCGCUGACCGCGCACGAGGUGGGCGCCGCCCUCACCGCGCUGCUGGCCCGUCGCGACCCCGCGAGCCCGGGCGCGCGCCCCCCGGACCCCCGAGGGGCCCUGCGUGCCGCCACCAUGGAGGUCAAGCUGGGCCGCCUGCGGGGGCCGGCGGUGCCCGUGUGGGACGUGCUGGCGUCCAGCUACGUGAGCGGCGCCACGCGGGAGCAGCUGCUGGCCGGGUUCGGCUCGGGGGCGCUGGGCUUGGCCGCGCUGACCCGCAGGCUGACCACCAUCAUCGAGGAGGUGGAGGCGGCCGGCGGGCCCGAGCGCGCCCCGGGCGACGCCGCCGGCGUCCAGCAGGAGCCGCGGCCGGCCGGGCCCGGCGGCAGCGACGGCGGCAGGGGCGCGGGACCCUCCCCCGGCGAGGCGGCCACCGAGCCCGCCGGCGGCCCCCAGGAGCAGGCCCUGCGUGCCGCCACCAUGGAGGUGCAGGCCGGGCCGUUGCGCGGGCAGCGGCCCUCCGUGUGGGACGUCCUCUUCUCCUCCUACCUGAGCCGGGCCCGGCGGGACGAGCUCCUGGCCCAGCACGCGGCCGGCGCCCUGGCGCUGCCGGGCCUGGUGGCCAUCCUCACCCGGGCGGUGGAGGAGGCGGAGGAGCGGCUGAGCAAGGUGACCUUCCGCGGCCUGCGGCGCCAGGUGUCGGCCUCCGAGCUGCGCUCGUCCGGGAUCCUGGGCCCCGAGACCCUGCGCGACCUGGCCCAGGGCACCAAGACCCCGCAGGAGGUGACCGAGAUGGACUCGGUCAAGCGCUACCUGCGCGGCACGAGCUGCAUCGCGGGCGUGCUGGUGCCCGCCAAGGACGAGCCCGGGCGGCAGGAGAAGAUGAGCGUCUACCAGGCCAUGUGGAAGGGCGUCCUGCGGCCCGGCACGGCCCUGGUGCUGCUCGAGGCGCAGGCGGCCACGGGCUUCCUCAUCGACCCCGUGCGCAACCAGGGGCUCACCGUGGAGGAGGCGGUGGCCGCGGGCCUGGUGGGCGGCGAGAUCCAGGACAAGCUGCUGUCGGCCGAGCGCGCCGUCACCGGCUACACCGACCCCUACACCGGCGAGCAGAUCUCGCUCUUCCAGGCCAUGCAGAAGGAGCUCAUCGUGCGCGACCACGGCAUCCGCCUGCUGGAGGCCCAGGUCGCCACGGGCGGCAUCAUCGACCCGGUGCACAGCCACCGGCUGCCCGUGGACGUGGCCUACCAGCGCGGCUACUUCGACGAGGAGAUGAACCGCGUGCUGGCCGACCCGAGCGACGACACCAAGGGCUUCUUCGACCCCAACACGCACGAGAACCUCACGUACGUGCAGCUGCUGCGCCGCUGCGUGCUCGACCCCGACACGGGGCUCUACAUGCUGCAGCUGGCCGCGGGGGGCUCCGCCGUGCACCAGCUGAGCGAGGAGCUGCGCGGCGCCCUGCGUGACGCCCGCGUGGCGCCGGGCCCGGGCGUCGCCCAGGGCCAGAGCGUCUCGGUCUGGGAGCUCCUCUUCUACCGGGAGGUGCCCGAGGGCGAGCGGCAGGACCUGCUGCGCAGGUACCGGGCGGGCUCGCUGACCGCGCACGAGGUGGGCGCCGCCCUCACCGCGCUGCUGGCCCGUCGCGACCCCGCGAGCCCGGGCGCGCGCCCCCCGGACCCCCGAGGGGCCCUGCGUGCCGCCACCAUGGAGGUCAAGCUGGGCCGCCUGCGGGGGCCGGCGGUGCCCGUGUGGGACGUGCUGGCGUCCAGCUACGUGAGCGGCGCCACGCGGGAGCAGCUGCUGGCCGGGUUCGGCUCGGGGGCGCUGGGCUUGGCCGCGCUGACCCGCAGGCUGACCACCAUCAUCGAGGAGGUGGAGGCGGCCGGCGGGCCCGAGCGCGCCCCGGGCGACGCCGCCGGCGUCCAGCAGGAGCCGCGGCCGGCCGGGCCCGGCGGCAGCGACGGCGGCAGGGGCGCGGGACCCUCCCCCGGCGAGGCGGCCACCGAGCCCGCCGGCGGCCCCCAGGAGCAGGCCCUGCGUGCCGCCACCAUGGAGGUGCAGGCCGGGCCGUUGCGCGGGCAGCGGCCCUCCGUGUGGGACGUCCUCUUCUCCUCCUACCUGAGCCGGGCCCGGCGGGACGAGCUCCUGGCCCAGCACGCGGCCGGCGCCCUGGCGCUGCCGGGCCUGGUGGCCAUCCUCACCCGGGCGGUGGAGGAGGCGGAGGAGCGGCUGAGCAAGGUGACCUUCCGCGGCCUGCGGCGCCAGGUGUCGGCCUCCGAGCUGCGCUCGUCCGGGAUCCUGGGCCCCGAGACCCUGCGCGACCUGGCCCAGGGCACCAAGACCCCGCAGGAGGUGACCGAGAUGGACUCGGUCAAGCGCUACCUGCGCGGCACGAGCUGCAUCGCGGGCGUGCUGGUGCCCGCCAAGGACGAGCCCGGGCGGCAGGAGAAGAUGAGCGUCUACCAGGCCAUGUGGAAGGGCGUCCUGCGGCCCGGCACGGCCCUGGUGCUGCUCGAGGCGCAGGCGGCCACGGGCUUCCUCAUCGACCCCGUGCGCAACCAGGGGCUCACCGUGGAGGAGGCGGUGGCCGCGGGCCUGGUGGGCGGCGAGAUCCAGGACAAGCUGCUGUCGGCCGAGCGCGCCGUCACCGGCUACACCGACCCCUACACCGGCGAGCAGAUCUCGCUCUUCCAGGCCAUGCAGAAGGAGCUCAUCGUGCGCGACCACGGCAUCCGCCUGCUGGAGGCCCAGGUCGCCACGGGCGGCAUCAUCGACCCGGUGCACAGCCACCGGCUGCCCGUGGACGUGGCCUACCAGCGCGGCUACUUCGACGAGGAGAUGAACCGCGUGCUGGCCGACCCGAGCGACGACACCAAGGGCUUCUUCGACCCCAACACGCACGAGAACCUCACGUACGUGCAGCUGCUGCGCCGCUGCGUGCUCGACCCCGACACGGGGCUCUACAUGCUGCAGCUGGCCGCGGGGGGCUCCGCCGUGCACCAGCUGAGCGAGGAGCUGCGCGGCGCCCUGCGUGACGCCCGCGUGGCGCCGGGCCCGGGCGUCGCCCAGGGCCAGAGCGUCUCGGUCUGGGAGCUCCUCUUCUACCGGGAGGUGCCCGAGGGCGAGCGGCAGGACCUGCUGCGCAGGUACCGGGCGGGCUCGCUGACCGCGCACGAGGUGGGCGCCGCCCUCACCGCGCUGCUGGCCCGUCGCGACCCCGCGAGCCCGGGCGCGCGCCCCCCGGACCCCCGAGGGGCCCUGCGUGCCGCCACCAUGGAGGUCAAGCUGGGCCGCCUGCGGGGGCCGGCGGUGCCCGUGUGGGACGUGCUGGCGUCCAGCUACGUGAGCGGCGCCACGCGGGAGCAGCUGCUGGCCGGGUUCGGCUCGGGGGCGCUGGGCUUGGCCGCGCUGACCCGCAGGCUGACCACCAUCAUCGAGGAGGUGGAGGCGGCCGGCGGGCCCGAGCGCGCCCCGGGCGACGCCGCCGGCGUCCAGCAGGAGCCGCGGCCGGCCGGGCCCGGCGGCAGCGACGGCGGCAGGGGCGCGGGACCCUCCCCCGGCGAGGCGGCCACCGAGCCCGCCGGCGGCCCCCAGGAGCAGGCCCUGCGUGCCGCCACCAUGGAGGUGCAGGCCGGGCCGUUGCGCGGGCAGCGGCCCUCCGUGUGGGACGUCCUCUUCUCCUCCUACCUGAGCCGGGCCCGGCGGGACGAGCUCCUGGCCCAGCACGCGGCCGGCGCCCUGGCGCUGCCGGGCCUGGUGGCCAUCCUCACCCGGGCGGUGGAGGAGGCGGAGGAGCGGCUGAGCAAGGUGACCUUCCGCGGCCUGCGGCGCCAGGUGUCGGCCUCCGAGCUGCGCUCGUCCGGGAUCCUGGGCCCCGAGACCCUGCGCGACCUGGCCCAGGGCACCAAGACCCCGCAGGAGGUGACCGAGAUGGACUCGGUCAAGCGCUACCUGCGCGGCACGAGCUGCAUCGCGGGCGUGCUGGUGCCCGCCAAGGACGAGCCCGGGCGGCAGGAGAAGAUGAGCGUCUACCAGGCCAUGUGGAAGGGCGUCCUGCGGCCCGGCACGGCCCUGGUGCUGCUCGAGGCGCAGGCGGCCACGGGCUUCCUCAUCGACCCCGUGCGCAACCAGGGGCUCACCGUGGAGGAGGCGGUGGCCGCGGGCCUGGUGGGCGGCGAGAUCCAGGACAAGCUGCUGUCGGCCGAGCGCGCCGUCACCGGCUACACCGACCCCUACACCGGCGAGCAGAUCUCGCUCUUCCAGGCCAUGCAGAAGGAGCUCAUCGUGCGCGACCACGGCAUCCGCCUGCUGGAGGCCCAGGUCGCCACGGGCGGCAUCAUCGACCCGGUGCACAGCCACCGGCUGCCCGUGGACGUGGCCUACCAGCGCGGCUACUUCGACGAGGAGAUGAACCGCGUGCUGGCCGACCCGAGCGACGACACCAAGGGCUUCUUCGACCCCAACACGCACGAGAACCUCACGUACGUGCAGCUGCUGCGCCGCUGCGUGCUCGACCCCGACACGGGGCUCUACAUGCUGCAGCUGGCCGCGGGGGGCUCCGCCGUGCACCAGCUGAGCGAGGAGCUGCGCGGCGCCCUGCGUGACGCCCGCGUGGCGCCGGGCCCGGGCGUCGCCCAGGGCCAGAGCGUCUCGGUCUGGGAGCUCCUCUUCUACCGGGAGGUGCCCGAGGGCGAGCGGCAGGACCUGCUGCGCAGGUACCGGGCGGGCUCGCUGACCGCGCACGAGGUGGGCGCCGCCCUCACCGCGCUGCUGGCCCGUCGCGACCCCGCGAGCCCGGGCGCGCGCCCCCCGGACCCCCGAGGGGCCCUGCGUGCCGCCACCAUGGAGGUCAAGCUGGGCCGCCUGCGGGGGCCGGCGGUGCCCGUGUGGGACGUGCUGGCGUCCAGCUACGUGAGCGGCGCCACGCGGGAGCAGCUGCUGGCCGGGUUCGGCUCGGGGGCGCUGGGCUUGGCCGCGCUGACCCGCAGGCUGACCACCAUCAUCGAGGAGGUGGAGGCGGCCGGCGGGCCCGAGCGCGCCCCGGGCGACGCCGCCGGCGUCCAGCAGGAGCCGCGGCCGGCCGGGCCCGGCGGCAGCGACGGCGGCAGGGGCGCGGGACCCUCCCCCGGCGAGGCGGCCACCGAGCCCGCCGGCGGCCCCCAGGAGCAGGCCCUGCGUGCCGCCACCAUGGAGGUGCAGGCCGGGCCGUUGCGCGGGCAGCGGCCCUCCGUGUGGGACGUCCUCUUCUCCUCCUACCUGAGCCGGGCCCGGCGGGACGAGCUCCUGGCCCAGCACGCGGCCGGCGCCCUGGCGCUGCCGGGCCUGGUGGCCAUCCUCACCCGGGCGGUGGAGGAGGCGGAGGAGCGGCUGAGCAAGGUGACCUUCCGCGGCCUGCGGCGCCAGGUGUCGGCCUCCGAGCUGCGCUCGUCCGGGAUCCUGGGCCCCGAGACCCUGCGCGACCUGGCCCAGGGCACCAAGACCCCGCAGGAGGUGACCGAGAUGGACUCGGUCAAGCGCUACCUGCGCGGCACGAGCUGCAUCGCGGGCGUGCUGGUGCCCGCCAAGGACGAGCCCGGGCGGCAGGAGAAGAUGAGCGUCUACCAGGCCAUGUGGAAGGGCGUCCUGCGGCCCGGCACGGCCCUGGUGCUGCUCGAGGCGCAGGCGGCCACGGGCUUCCUCAUCGACCCCGUGCGCAACCAGGGGCUCACCGUGGAGGAGGCGGUGGCCGCGGGCCUGGUGGGCGGCGAGAUCCAGGACAAGCUGCUGUCGGCCGAGCGCGCCGUCACCGGCUACACCGACCCCUACACCGGCGAGCAGAUCUCGCUCUUCCAGGCCAUGCAGAAGGAGCUCAUCGUGCGCGACCACGGCAUCCGCCUGCUGGAGGCCCAGGUCGCCACGGGCGGCAUCAUCGACCCGGUGCACAGCCACCGGCUGCCCGUGGACGUGGCCUACCAGCGCGGCUACUUCGACGAGGAGAUGAACCGCGUGCUGGCCGACCCGAGCGACGACACCAAGGGCUUCUUCGACCCCAACACGCACGAGAACCUCACGUACGUGCAGCUGCUGCGCCGCUGCGUGCUCGACCCCGACACGGGGCUCUACAUGCUGCAGCUGGCCGCGGGGGGCUCCGCCGUGCACCAGCUGAGCGAGGAGCUGCGCGGCGCCCUGCGUGACGCCCGCGUGGCGCCGGGCCCGGGCGUCGCCCAGGGCCAGAGCGUCUCGGUCUGGGAGCUCCUCUUCUACCGGGAGGUGCCCGAGGGCGAGCGGCAGGACCUGCUGCGCAGGUACCGGGCGGGCUCGCUGACCGCGCACGAGGUGGGCGCCGCCCUCACCGCGCUGCUGGCCCGUCGCGACCCCGCGAGCCCGGGCGCGCGCCCCCCGGACCCCCGAGGGGCCCUGCGUGCCGCCACCAUGGAGGUCAAGCUGGGCCGCCUGCGGGGGCCGGCGGUGCCCGUGUGGGACGUGCUGGCGUCCAGCUACGUGAGCGGCGCCACGCGGGAGCAGCUGCUGGCCGGGUUCGGCUCGGGGGCGCUGGGCUUGGCCGCGCUGACCCGCAGGCUGACCACCAUCAUCGAGGAGGUGGAGGCGGCCGGCGGGCCCGAGCGCGCCCCGGGCGACGCCGCCGGCGUCCAGCAGGAGCCGCGGCCGGCCGGGCCCGGCGGCAGCGACGGCGGCAGGGGCGCGGGACCCUCCCCCGGCGAGGCGGCCACCGAGCCCGCCGGCGGCCCCCAGGAGCAGGCCCUGCGUGCCGCCACCAUGGAGGUGCAGGCCGGGCCGUUGCGCGGGCAGCGGCCCUCCGUGUGGGACGUCCUCUUCUCCUCCUACCUGAGCCGGGCCCGGCGGGACGAGCUCCUGGCCCAGCACGCGGCCGGCGCCCUGGCGCUGCCGGGCCUGGUGGCCAUCCUCACCCGGGCGGUGGAGGAGGCGGAGGAGCGGCUGAGCAAGGUGACCUUCCGCGGCCUGCGGCGCCAGGUGUCGGCCUCCGAGCUGCGCUCGUCCGGGAUCCUGGGCCCCGAGACCCUGCGCGACCUGGCCCAGGGCACCAAGACCCCGCAGGAGGUGACCGAGAUGGACUCGGUCAAGCGCUACCUGCGCGGCACGAGCUGCAUCGCGGGCGUGCUGGUGCCCGCCAAGGACGAGCCCGGGCGGCAGGAGAAGAUGAGCGUCUACCAGGCCAUGUGGAAGGGCGUCCUGCGGCCCGGCACGGCCCUGGUGCUGCUCGAGGCGCAGGCGGCCACGGGCUUCCUCAUCGACCCCGUGCGCAACCAGGGGCUCACCGUGGAGGAGGCGGUGGCCGCGGGCCUGGUGGGCGGCGAGAUCCAGGACAAGCUGCUGUCGGCCGAGCGCGCCGUCACCGGCUACACCGACCCCUACACCGGCGAGCAGAUCUCGCUCUUCCAGGCCAUGCAGAAGGAGCUCAUCGUGCGCGACCACGGCAUCCGCCUGCUGGAGGCCCAGGUCGCCACGGGCGGCAUCAUCGACCCGGUGCACAGCCACCGGCUGCCCGUGGACGUGGCCUACCAGCGCGGCUACUUCGACGAGGAGAUGAACCGCGUGCUGGCCGACCCGAGCGACGACACCAAGGGCUUCUUCGACCCCAACACGCACGAGAACCUCACCUACAUGCAGCUUCUCCAGAUAGCUACUCUGGACUCUGAGACUGGUCUGUUAUUUCUUUCUCUCGCUUGAGUAGAUUCACCCUUUUUGUGAAUUGUGUGGAUGUCUGUUGAAAGGUUUUCGGUGUUUCUUCCUUCUUGAAAAAUUCCAAUUUUUUGUUGUUAUUGUUUUCUCUACCUUGUUUUUUACACAUCUCAUGAUAAUACGUUUUCAUUUCCCUUCCAGUUUCUGCACUUUCCCAGUUUUGUGGAAAUAGAAUUAUAUGUUUCUUUUCAUUGUUUGUUUUUAUGUCUCGUGGAAUCUUUUUAUUUUUUAGUGCUUUUGUAUCUCAUCCGAGGAAUUUUGUUACCUUUUCUAUAAACGUGUUACACUGGGCAGCUGCAUGGCUCAGCGGUUUAGCGCCCCCUUUGGCCCAUGGUGUGAUCCUGGAGUCCUGGGAUGGAGUCCCCUGUUGGGUUCCCUACAGGGAGCCUGCUUCUCUCUGUUCCUGUGUGUCUUACACUCUCUCUCUGUGUCUCAUGAAUAAAUUAAUAAAAUCUUUAAAAGCAAAACAUGCUCCGUUUAAAUUUAAGAUGCCUUUCUCUUGUUUUUUGGUUUUUUGUUUGGCAUAUGACAAUGAAGUGUAUACAAUCACGUUUUAUAUUCCUCUUUUCAUUAAAUGUUUUUGCUUCCACUUAA